GUCGGCUUCGCGGAGGGAGCGACUGAAAUAGCGGAGGAUCCACGCGCAGAACUUGCUGGGCAUUCAUUGGCUCCGGAAGACUCUCGCUUUGCGAAGGGAUCCCUAGCUCUCGGCUGAUUGACCGCCCGGAUCGCGUCAGUCGCCUUUCUCUCCUUCCUACACCCAACUACUAUCCCGGCUGAGACAGACCCAGCGAAAAGUCCCGGGCUCCCAAGACCAGCACUAGGAUGGUUCCUCCCCCACCUAUUAACAAGCCCCAUGUCUGCCUCUCCACUACACUCAUCAUGAGCAGCAUGGUGCUGAUGGAUGCCUAUCUGGUAGAACAGAACCAGGGCUCCAGAAAGCUGGGGAUCUGCAUCAUGGUAUCAGUGGGAGACAUCUGCUUCCUGGUCAUACUCAGGUAUGUGGCAGUAUGGGUUGGGGCUGAGGUGAGGACUGCCAAGCGAGGCUAUGCCAUGAUCCUUUGGUUCCUGUAUGUCUUUGUCCUGGAGAUCAAAGUCUACUUCAUCUACCAGAACUAUAAAGCAGACCGUAAAAGCUUGGAUCUCAUUGCCCGCAAGGCCUUGACCCUCCUGCUGUCCAUCUGCAUCCCAGCCCUCUAUGUACUGCUAGUGGCCACAGAGCACAUGGAGUAUGUCAGGACGUUCAAGAAGAAAGAGGACCUGCGCAACCGUCUGUUCUGGGUCAUCAUUGACAUGUUGGAUGUACUGGACAUCCAGGCCAAUCUCUGGGAGCCCCAGAAGAAAGGGUUGCCCAUCUGGGCUGAAGGCCUGAUGUUCUUCUACUGCUACAUCUUGCUCUUGGUCCUCCCUUGUGUCUCACUGUGUGAGAUUAGCAUGCAAGGGAUCAGCAUCAUGCCACACCGCAUGAUGCUCUAUCCAAUGCUGAGUAUGCUCACAAUCAACAUCACCACCAUCUUCAUUAGGGGAAGCAACAUGGUCUUCUUCAGGGACAUCCGGGUCUCUGGCAUCUUCAUGGGAAAGAACGUCCUGGCCAUUGUACUCAAGGUCUGUAUGUUUGUGCAGUACAGGAAGCAUCUGCAUUAUGUGCCUGCAGGAUCCGGCACAGCAGAGCCUCAGCACAAUUCCACCUCCCAGCCACAGCCUGUCAUGCAUCUACUAAAACCCCAGAACCAGACUCCUUGUCCUGAGGGGCUAGCCCAAGAGAACACAUGACAUGCUGUGUUCUUUGUGUGUGCCUGCUAAGUGAUGAGUAACACUAUUGCCUGUGAUCAUUUGGGAUCAAAUGCAAAGAAGAACAGAGUCUGCGGAGCCCCACAUAGGCAGUGCUGGCCCCUUCAGAAAGUCUACAAGUGAACCUCCUUUCCCCCUUGCACAGAUGUGCCACUGGCUGUGUCCUGGAGUUGUCCUGGGCUGGGAAAGAACCCCUCCAUAGCAGCACAGAGCCAAAUCCAACCUUGGCCCUAGUGAGCAAGCUAGCAGGCUAUAGAGACUUGUGGGCAGGUCCCUGGAUUGUAGCAGCCACAGGAUUGGUCAUCAACUCAAUUAACAGCAGGCAGCAGCAGACAACGAGCUCCUUCCUUUGACUCUUGUAUCCUUAUUUCUAUAAUGGAAGUGUUCCAGAACAUGUUCUGUUGCCUGGGGUAUAUUUGCUUCUGGGACUUCCAAAUGCCUCAGGAGACUUUUUCCUCCUUGAUAUAGGUGGGGGAAACACCUAUUUAGUAACUAUUCUAUAAAUAAUUUUUUAGUUCUGGGGGGCAGUCAUCCUCUCUGGAAUGGUUAAAAAAACAGUGCCCUUGCUGCCUGCCCCCUCCCAAGUUCCUCAGGAGUGCCAGGAUUAUUUGGGUGAGGCCCUAGGGUUUCCAUCAGUCUCAGAGCCGCCUUGGCCUCCUCAUGGAAACAUGUUGGGUCAUGAUCCCAC